CACACACACACACACAUAUACACAGCUGUUGAAAAAAAGAGCGCAACUCGGUGUUUCUCAGACCCCUCCUCACUUCCCCUCAGCAGUUAGAAAAAGGCGGAGAGCUCAAACACACCGAGUCACAGCGCGCGAGGACGCGGAACUCAUCACAUCCCAGGCUCGGUGUGUCUACAUGUGUGUGUGAGUGUGUGUGUAUGUGUGUGUGAGUGUGUGUAUGUGUGUGUGAGACAGAGUGUGUGUGUGUGAGUGAGUGUCCCGGGUUCGGUUCUGGUUUCCACUCCCUGAUAUCCACAGCUCAGUCAUGCAGGCGGGUCGAACCUCCUCCAUCGGCGUGUUCGCGGACUGCAGCAUCCCCGCGGGCGCGCGCCUCGGCCCGGUACCGGGAAUCUUCCGCCUGGGGAAGUGCGUCUCAGACCGGAAGGAAGUCGGAGUUAAAAAGAAGGUGCGGCUGGUCAGAGGGGAGUUUGUAGAUGAAUGCGGUUCUGCAGUUUCAGAGUGGAUUUUAUUAAUCCGAGCAGCGAGGAACAGCCAAGAACAGAACCUGGAGGCGGUGUCAGAUUUACCUGGCGGACAGAUAUUUUACCGCACGCUCAGGGAGAUCCCGGUCGGAGAGGAGCUGAGUGUUUGGUACUCUGAGGUUCUGGCUCAGUGGUUCCACAUUCCCACUACUGCAACACCGACACACGAUGAGAAAGGUGAAGAGCGCUACAUUUGCUGGUACUGCUGGAGAAUAUUCCGGUAUCCAAACACCCUCAAAGCACACGUGCACUUUCACUGUGCACUGAGCUACGCACGAACCCCCAUCAGUCACGAGCACGCUCCACGAGGGCCUCCAGACUCCGCCAACUUCAGCCGCUCACCCAAGUCGGGCGAUAUCCCCAGCGGCGCGAGCACCUCGCCCUUCACCAACAAGGCAGCCGCAGCAGCAGGGUUACCGAGGCGAGCCAGCCAGGAGGAGCAGGACCGGGCACUCGACAUGAGCGUGACCUCGUCAUCCAGACACCACCACGGCCUGGUCGGCGGGAGCUCCUGCGUGGCGUUUCAGCCUGGCACUCGCUCAGCUUUCAUCCCCGCAGGACUUGGCAAAAUGUUCCCUCCGGCUGACGAGGCCACGAACGGAGACACAAAAGCAGACACGACACUCAGCUUUGGCAAACUCUCUCAGGUCUCCAAGGCCAGCCGCACUCCUGUCGACUCAGCGCCUCGAGGGUUUUCAUUAUUAUCUCAUAUCGAGGAGACCUCGGCUUUCAGGCACGUCUCCCCCGGGACUCGCUAUCCUCACAUUCCGCCCGGUUUCCCGUUUGAGCGCUUCUCGUUACCGCCGUCUUACAACGGAGACUGUAACAGCGUUCCUCUAGUGCCGUUCACUGUUUAUAACGGAGAGCUGCUUUACGGCUCGCCCUACUACCCGCUAAAGUUCCACCUCCUCCGCUACCCGGACUCGGUUUCCUCCUACUUCGGUUCUCCAGCGCUCGGGGCAGACGUGAACCCCACGUGCAGCCCGGCAGACAGGGAGAUGGCCGUACAUGUGGAGAAAUCCCGAGGCAGGCUGGAACCCCUGCCCUCUGUGACGCAUGCGCAUGCUGCAGUGGCGACGGGAGCGAACGCAGUCACGGGCAAACCGAAGAAAGGUCACCUGUGUCUGUACUGCGGGAAGCUCUACUCCCGGAAGUACGGACUAAAGAUCCACAUGAGAACACACACAGGCUACAAGCCGCUCAAGUGCAAGGUGUGCUUCCGGCCUUUCGGCGACCCGAGCAACCUCAACAAGCACGUACGCCUGCACGCCGAGGGAAACACGCCUUACCGCUGCGACUACUGCGGAAAAGUGCUGGUGCGCCGGAGAGACCUCGAGCGUCACGUCAAGUCCAGACACCCGGGACACCAGGGCAUGAAAAAGAGAUCGGCGGAGGAGGAAGAGCACGCUGACGAUCACACCGAGGAGCCAAAGAGCGAUGAGGACAGUGACGUGGACGUGUGCUUCACAGACGAACAGAGCGACCAGGAGUCCAGCCAAAAAUAACCACUGACUCUUUAACGGACUUGUUUUUAAAUUUAUAGUGAAUUAUUAAUAUAAAGUACACACUCCCAUAACUUAGCUACCACACACCGGUGUAAAAUAUAAUGACCAUUUAAAUUAUAGCUAUAAUUAAAAAAAAUAUACAGUAUAAUGACCAACCAAACAAUGAUAAAGUCACAUGACAUUCCAGACCUGCAUUCAAAAUGGCGUCCAGCUCUCAGUUUGCUACGCUGCUGGAUCAGAAGCAGUGUGUGCAAUUCUUAACCAGCCCUUACUGACUUCCCCUAUCCACUUCCCCUUAGUUAAGGGCUUAUUUAUGUUACCUGAUUAAACCACACCACUUUGACCCCAUCAUGCAACUGAAAAUUGAGGAUAUUUUCAGCCUUAUCAGGGUAAAUCAGUUUGAACACUUCCUGCCGCAGGGCAUUAUGGGAUUUCAUGAGUGCACUGGAUGUUCUCCACUCUCUUUAGUGCACUAUGUAGUAAACAGGACCAAGCUGAAAUUUCAGUGUAAUCAUGGCACACUCGUUGGAAUUUAAGUAUACUUUUUGGAAAAGUGGGAAAAAUGCAACAGUUUGCCGGAUUUUUCCCGAAUUUUGAUGAGAGCUUUUAGGAUUAGAAUGAAAUUUUAGAGUGAAUUACCCCUGAAUCUGGAGCUGCACUUUAUACAAACAGUAGUAUAUUACACUGGUGUGGAAAAGUAUGCAUAUUUAAUUUUUUAUACAUUACUUCCUCCUCCUCCUCUUCCUUUGGUUCCAAACUUCCUGUUUUUUUAAAUAGGAUGUUGUGAGUGUCAUCAGACUCCGCCUCCGUGUCCUACAGUCGUCUAUUUGCACUUUUUUCCCUUCAGACGUGUCCUAUAAAACAACAGGCUUCAGGUACCACAACACAUUCUGCUCAUUAUUAUUAUUAUUAUUAUUAUUAUUAUUAUUAUUAUUAUUAUUAUUUGUUCUUGUUCUUGUUCUUAACGUUUUUAUGUAAAAAUGUAAUUAUGAUAUAAUUUACU